AUGGCCAGCAAGGGCUUGCAGGACCUGAAGCAGCAAGUGCAGGGGGCGGCCCAGGAAGCAUCCGCCCAGCAAGUGGUGGAUCAGGCCACAGAAGCAGGGCAGAAAGCCAUGGACCAGGUGGCCAAGUCCACCCAGGAAACUAUCGACAAGAUUGCUAACCAGGCCUCCGAGACUUUCUCAGGUUUUGGGAAAAAAUUAGGCUUCAUGUCAUAACAGCAGGGAGACAUGGAUGCCUCCUUCCAGGCUCUCAGCUCUGGCAGGCCCUUGGCCUGCUGCCUUAUUAAAGCACUUGUUCCUAAAAAAA